GGUCUGUCUGCUGCUCUCUGCUGCUGCUGCUGCUGCUGCCCAGAAGAGGAGCAGGAAGAAGAAGAAGAGGCGGCAGCAGAACAGAAGCUCCUCCUGCGCUCAGAGGCUCCAGCUCCAUGGCUGCUGCUGCUGCUCCUCUCUACGGAGGGGUGGAGGGGGGAGGAACCCACUCAAAAGUGGUGCUUCUAUCAGAAGAUGGCAAGAUCCUGGCCGAGACGGAGGGGCCCUGUACCAACCAUUGGCUGGUUGGCUCAGAGAAAUGCCUGGAAAGAAUCAACGCCAUGGUCAACGAAGCCAAGGGCAAGGCGGGGACUGAUCCGCAGGUUCCUCUUCGUUCCCUGGGACUUUCUCUGAGUGGAGGGGAGCAGAAGGAGGCCAUCAAGAAGCUCAUGGAGGAGAUGAAGACCCGCUUCCCCUACCUGAGUGAGAAUUACUACAUCACUACGGAUGCCAUUGGGGCCAUGGCCACCGCUACCAACCAUGGUGGAGUGGUGCUUAUCUCCGGAACCGGCUCCAACUGCAAGCUGAUCAAUCCAGACGGCACCCAGAUCAGCUGUGGAGGAUGGGGGCACAUGAUGGGGGACGAGGGGUCAGCUUACUGGAUCGCGCACCAGGCUGUGAAGAUUGUGUUUGAUGGCUUGGACAACCUUGAAGUGCCCCCGCAUGACAUCAACUACGUCAAGCAAGCCAUGUUUGACUACUUUCAGAUCUCCGACAGGAUGGGGCUCCUGACUCAUCUCUACAGGACUUUUGAGAAGUCCAAGUUUGCAGGGUUUUGCCAGAAACUGGCUGAAGGAGCCAAGGCAGGGGAUCCCCUUUGCUGUUAUAUUUUCAACAAGGCUGGGGAAGUCCUGGCACGGCACAUUGUGGCUGUGCUGCCAAAAAUUGACCAGAGCCUUUUCCAAGGAGACCUGGGCUUGCCCAUCGUGUGCGUCGGAUCAGUGUGGAACAGCUGGGAGAUGAUGAAAGAAGGGUUCCUCCGGGUGCUUGCCCAGGCCCACAGUGAACAGUCUGGCAGUGCCUUCUCCAGGUUCAGCCUCUUGAAGCUGAAGCAGUCAUCGGCGCUAGGAGGGGCGAGCCUCGGAGCCAAGCACAUUGGGCAGGCCGUGCCCCUGGACUACACUGCCAAUGUGGACAUCUUCUAUACACACUCCUUCGCCUAGAUCCAAGGGGAGGUGGGGGUGGUCCAGAAUGGUCAUCCCUCCCUCUCCUGUCUUGUCAUUCCUCUGUGUUUUGUUUUUUUUUACAUUGCAUUUGUCUUUACUGUUUUGGAAUGAAUCGUGUGGGCCUUUUUGUAUGAGCGUGUUUCUUAGCAUUCAUUAAAAAAAGAAAGAAAAAAGCAAGACCUUGUGGUCAAC